CCCGGCCCCAAGCUCGGCGUCGCUGCCCAACUCAUCACCCCCUUGCUUUUUCUUGCCUACUCUUUCUUUCCCACAAUCCCACGAGCUGAGCUUCGCGUUGCGUUUCUCUCUCGCGUCAUCUCUCGGUGCUCUCUGCGUAUAGAGCCGUAUAGCACCCACCACCAAGGGAGGAAUAGCGCCAGGGAAAAAUAAAGGAGAUUAAAUUUAGGUUCGCCAUGGCGAGCUCCUCCUCCUCUUCUUCUUCUUCGUUGAGCAACAAGAGGGCGAGGGAAGCCGACGGCGAGCGGGCGGCGUCUGUGGAGGCCGCGGAGGCCAAGAGGAUCCGGCCGGAGGACCUGCUGGACAUGCUGGAGGACGACGCGGACGCGGCGGCGCCCGGGGCGGACCUGGCGUCCGUCAUGCGGAGCCUGGAGGAGGAGAUCGAGAUAUCCGCGGGCGAGUUCCCGGACCUGGAGGCGCUGGCCACGGCGCCGCAGCCGGAGCUCGGGUUCCUGCUAGAGGCCUCCGACGACGAGCUCGGCCUGCCGCCCGCGGCCGGCGGCGGCUCCGACUCCUCCUCCGACGCCGGCGCCGGCGAUCUCGCCGGGUUCGGGGAGCAGAUCUGGGGCUUCGAGGACGACAUCGACGGAGGAGCCGGCGUCACGUCCUCGCCGGAGGCCGCUGCGGCGGCCGCCGCGGCCGCCGCCGAGUGGGGCGACGACGGCUUCGACGCCGGGCUCUUUGGGUUCGAGUUCGCCGAGGCCAACUUUGGGCCGUCGGAUCUCGAGAUCCUGCGUUAUGAGAACACCAUGCCCGCCGUCUGAUCUCUGUGUUAGCUGUUUGUUCGUUUUUACCUCUGGCUAACCUUAGCGUUACCCUUUUUUUAACCUUGGAUGUAAAGUUUCUAGAAGGCAAAAAAAAAUGUGGAAGAAACCUGGAAAAAGGUUACUUGGAUCAUGUCAUGAAGAGCGAGAAAAAAAAAGGCCUGCAUCCUUCAAAAAAACCAGAGAAAAAAAUUCUCAGGAGUUGCUCCGUAUUUUCAGUUUUAAGAUAUGCUGAGCAACCAAGAUAAAUUAUUGGAAGCUGUAAAAUGAUAUGGCGCUAAAAGGUUGUGCUAA